AAUUAUACUGUUAUAUGUACUGAACUACAUUCAUUGUCGGCGACCCAUUUGUGAGUUGUGAGGCUAUCAAAAUCUACAUUUUUCAUAUUUACUUCGAGAAAAGAUGGUUGAUUAAAAUGGGCUAAGUGCAGAAACUCCAUUCACCAUGGUUCGGCUAACAAUAGAUCUGAUAGCUCGAGGAACCUCGGGCUAUACAAAAAAGAAGCGAGAUGAAAGUAUGGAACAUUUUUUAAAGAAAAUCACACAUCUCUAUUUAGAAGACAGAGGCAUAGAUGAAGUGGGUGAUGACUUAUCACUAUGCAGAAACCUGACAGUAUUAUAUCUCUAUGACAACAAACUGGCAAAGGUGCCCAACCUAUCCCAGAAUGCCAAUCUGACACAUCUCUAUCUGCAAAACAAUGAAGUUUCAAAAAUGGAAUGUUUUGCCAACUUGAGGAGACUCACUAAAUUGUACAUAGGGGGCAAUGCAAUCACAGUGGUGGAGGGUAUAGAGAGGCUGGAGAUGCUACAGGAGUUACAUAUUGAGAAUCAGAGACUGCCAUCAGGAGAGAAACUUCUCUUUGACCCCAGGUCACUAGCAGUAUUAUCUAGGUCACUUCAAGUCCUCAAUGUGUCUGGUAACAAUCUUGACACCAUCAGGGAGCUACAAUGUCUCACUGGUCUCACACAGUUCAUGGCCAAUGACAAUCAGCUGAGGGACCUGAAGGAAAUAGCUCACCUGUUAGAAACAUGGAGGCGCUUGUGGCGUCUUGAACUUGCAGACAAUCCAAUAUGUCAUAAACCAAAGUACAAGGAUAGGAUUAUCAUCAUGUCUAACACAAUAGAGGUGUUAGAUGGUAAAGAAAUUACUGAUACAUCCCGUCAAUUUCUACGCAAUUGGGCAGCAUCUAAGUUGAAGAAAAAAGAAGGUUUGUCGCGUGGCAGCACACUAAUUAGUAAUGGCGAGACUGAGCUGCCACCAGUGCGUGACCAUAGAAACCGUAACGAUGUGCCAGGCUUCAUGAUGCCAGGAGGGGCUUCGUAUAUAAUGCCAGGCUUGCCAAAGAAACAAUUUGAAGAUAUUCUAGCACGGUCUUCUAGUUUACCAAACUCUGCUAACAAACUUGGUCGUGAGGAGACUCUUGGAAGUAAAGCGCAUAGUGAUCUAAGUACAACUAAGAAACGUCGCAAAAAGAAGCAUAAGAAGGUGGCAAUAACUAACAUGUAGCCACAGCAUGCCGCAGAGAUGAUCAGAGAGGUACAUAAGUCGAUUCAGCACUUCCAUAUAUGAUAGGACACCAUCGGGAGCCCCUAAACGAGCUGCUGUGAUCCAUGUGACAGACUUGGGAGCAGGUGACAGUAUUCCAAUACAGCUGAGAUAGUGCACUGGGACAGGACCCCCUCAAGUCACAAGCAUGAUUUUCCUUUGCAUCUUGAAUUCAUUUAUAAAGAACUAUUUGGUGAAUUAACAGAUAACGGGUCGCAAUUCAGUUAUCUGCUAUAAAUAUUGAUGGAUUUGUGAAUACAAAAUGUUAGGGAUUAGUGGAUGCAGUGUACAUGACUGUUAUACAGUGGUGUAUUCCAGACUGGUGAUUGGUUCUUAAAGUUUAGAGGCUUUAAAGGACUUUAAAUUAAUAUAUUAUCAACUUAUGUUUCUUGGUUUGUAUCAGGGAAACUCAUGUAGUUUUGUUCUAUGUGGGCAAUGAUAUGUAAAGCUAUAUAAUGUUAGACUUAUCUACAAUGUAUUCUUGCAUCUGGUAGGGAGGGGGUUGCAGAUAUGAUGUGAGACUUGGCCUAAUAUCACACCUGAUGUAGGCUAGUAGCCAAAAGACAGUAUAUCAAUCCACAUAUUUGGGAGACAACACCAUAUAUUUAGAUAUUGCUAAGCAUGAUCAUUUCUGGUACAGAUCAAUUGAGGAGAUUCUCUCACCCACUCUUAUUCUUGGGAACUUGCAUGGUCAUACUUGUACCAGUAUUACAAUGGUAUUAUAAUAUUUCUUAGUAGAACUGUAUGAACAUUACAAUACAUGUAUAUUAGUACAAAUCUAUUAAAGGUGCAUAAUCACAAAUAGUAUGUACAGUGUAUAUAAUCCAAUAUGCUUUUGUUUAUUUUUUUCCGUCCAAAUACAGUAUAUUAAAGGGGCUUUAUAAGUCAUUAUGUAAUUUUGAUUUAUUUAGUACUAAACUGAAGCAAACAUAUAUCUAAAUAAACUUGUUUCACCUAAAAAUUUCUGGAGGUUCAAGAAAUUUUUUUCGGAUUGUUAUCAGUCUUUGAACAAUUUCUGAAGAUUGGAAUAUAAAUAGAUUUGUAGCCCCUUUAAUGUAAAGUUAAGAAGUAUUUAUUUUGUAUAAUGCACAUAGAAAUACUGUAUGUAGGCUGCCCCACUAGUCUUUGAAGUUCAUAAUUCACAAUGGUGCUUGUCAAUGUGAUCACAAAAAAAUAAUUCUAGAAAUUAAUAAAAUAAAAGGAACACAAAUUUCAUCUCAUCUUAAGCUAAGCUCAUGUUCCCCUCAAUACUUUUUCCACUACCAAAUCCCUGGUAAGGGAAGGGAGGGGGAUUAUACAGGGAUUUGAUGAAAGAACCUUGAAAAUUUUCUACAUGUCUGUUAAACUGUUGCUCAAUUUUAGUUUUUAAGUUUGUAUCUUUUCAUUAUUGUAUCUGAAAGUAUUUAUGUGCAUUCCAAUUUUAAUGUAUAGUAUGUAUUUGUAUAUACAUGAAUAAAUAAAAUUAAUAUAUAUGUGAAAUAAUCAUAUGAACAC